UCGUUUUCUUUUUUCUUUGGAUGAUCUGAGUUUAAUCCAAUGGAAGCGAACGGAGCUCCUUUACCGUUUCAGAAUCCGAUCCGGGAUGCCAUUUCCAGAGUUCGGUUCGCUCCGCAAUCGGAUAACCUCCUCAUUUCAUCUUGGGAUUCGUGUCUGCGACUGUACGAUGUGGGAAGCUCGGAACUCAGAUUAGAAGCUCCGUCGAAAGCUCCGCUUCUCGAUUGCUGUUUCCAGGACGAAUCCCUCGCUUUCAUCUCUGGUUCUGAUGGUUUCAUUAGAAGGUAUGAUUUGCAUUCAGGAACUAGUGAAGUGAUCGGAAAUCAUGCUGAUCUCUCUACAUGCAUUGGAUAUUCUGACGCUACCUGCCAAGUAAUCAUUACUGGUUUGCACAAGAAAAUAUUAUCCUGGGACACACGUAUGGAGAAGGAUCUUUUGUGCUUGGUGAAUCUAGGAUCAGAGGUGGAUUCUAUGUCAAUUUCGGGAUUUGAUAUAAUGCUAGCAGUCGGAACAUCAGUAUAUAUGUACGACUUGCGUAAUUUAAGUAGAUCAGUCCAAUCAAAAAAAUCUGAUAUGGAUCUUCGGAUAAAAUGUGUCAGCUCAGUUCCUUAUUCUAAAGGAUUUGCAGCUGGCUCAGUAGAUGGACGCGUAGCAUUGGAGAUGUCUUUUUCGGCCAAUUCUGAUGACAUUACGUCAAAUUUUAGUUAUACAUUCCGAUGUCAUCCAAAGUCAGCUAAUAAAAGACUUCAUCUCGUGUCGGUGAAUGACAUUGUAUUCAACCCACUCAUUGGCAGUGCUUUUUUUACUGGUGAUAACAACGGUUAUGUGAGCGCAUGGAAUGCUCAGAGCAGGAAAAGGCUAUUUGAGUUGCCUAGAUACCCAAAUAGCGUGGCUUCUUUAUCAAUGAACCACAAGGGACAACUUCUUGCUGUCGCAUCAAGCUAUACAUACCAAGAGGCUAAUGAAAUAGAAGAGCCACCUCAAAUAUUCAUUAAAGACAUUGGCAAUUGCAGCAUCAGAUCAGUUUCUUCUGGAAGUUCAAGCAGCCACUAACCAUUCGCUGAAAGAAAGAGACUUGAGGUAGAAACUGAGUUAGAAACUUAGAGCAGCUGAAGAAACGACGCGUGGUUGGCAGGCUAGUGUCUUGGGAAGUUGCAUCCCAUUGUAAAAUUUUGUGGCGAUUUAUCUAAUAACAUUUUAUGUUAAUUGGCUUCAUGGGUUAUGUGAUGAUAUAUUCUUAAUUUAGGAGAUGUUUAG